GCGGCACUAGUUCCGGGUCUGAUUGAAAUAAUGAGCGCGCUCUUUUCUUUGAGGAAUGAGAAGCUCUUAGUUGGUCAGUUAAUCAGUCAGUCAGUUAGUCAGUGUCAGUGGGGCCUUUGUGGGGCAUUUGUCAACUUCUCAUUUGUCAACAACUUCUCUCGAUUCUCGAAUCCCUGAAAUCGUUUGCUUUGAAAAUUCUUUGCUCUUGUUUGGGUAUGGGCUAGUGGUUCCAUUUCCAUCCAUCCGCUCAAUCCAUUCCUACGAGUUCAUCAUGGCUUCAUCUAGAGGCUGAAGGAAGGCGAGUCAUGUCCUCUCCAUGAUACCUACAUCCAGAUCCCCGCCUCCAGCGCUUCCCACGCCCACUGAACCUCAUGGCCGCGGCGGGUGCGGCCGACAGCAAGGACUCGUUCCUAACGAGUGUGCGCGAUGCUCGCCACCAACGCCAAGAGGAGCGCGCCCGAGAGCGGGCGGCCGUUCUCAUUCAAGCGGCGCUCCGGGGCCAUCGAGAGCGCUUGGCUCUGCGCGCCCGCCUCACCGCUGAGUUCGAUGAGUGCUUUCCGCCCAUGGAAUCAGGCCGGGAGGCGGGCCUGGCGCUCCAUCCCUCGGCCGUGGCAUGUUUCCGCGCGGCCCGUCGCUACCGGCAAUUUCAUCCGGAGCCGAGUCCCCACCACCCGCCCGAACGGCACGAACGCUUGUGCCGCUAUAUCUUGGCUUCGUUGUCGGUGAGCUCGCCCUCGGGCACCUACAUAGGCGUGGCCUUGAACAAAGAAUGCGCCCUGCCUUGGAUCGACCACAUGAAGGGCGUGUUGAUCCUCUGCUCGGCGCGCUUGGCGCACGUACGCCUCGAAGUGGCCAGUGGUCAGCGCGAAGCCAUGACCUUGUUGCGAAUGUUGGUGUCGUUUAGUAGCACGCACACGUGGACUCUGCUCCAGUCGCCGGGUUUGACCGCUCUGCGCCCGGGUAUGCAGAAGCUCACGCACAAUUGGUUGAGUCAUUUGGUCCAUCAGGGACUGUACCAUCAUCUUCAUCAGUUGCUCCUGCGCGGCUUGGCCGGAGCGCGGGUAUGGUUGAGUGCCACGUCCGUGGCCGCCGCACUCAAUGUGGCCCUCAAACCGCUGAUCGAAUUCCAGUUUUCUCACACUUACCUGUCGCCGUUUCUAUUGAAACUAUUGAGUGUGCCGGGUUUGCUGAUCCAUUUGGAGGGCUUGUCGCCCGAGUCUUUGGCCGUGAUGGAGAAGCACAACCUCCUCGGGCAUUGUGUCGAGAUCUUGAAAGACGAGCAGCAACUCAAGAUCCACUUCAACAUCUUGGAAGGGAGCUAUGCUCUGUGCAUGACGGCCAACCUGAUCCACUUGCUUAUGCAACGCAGCGCGCCCAGUCUCGGUCAACCGGACCUGCCCUUGGACAUGGAGGGAACGGUUCGGAUGCUCAGUGGUUUGUUUGAGUGUUGCGGCCAAUACGUGACCGCCAAGCAAUCGAAUUUGAGUCAUUGGCACCCGGUUUUGGGCUGGUUUUCCGUCAGUUUGGAUAGCUAUCUUCAACAUUCCAUGGACAAAGUUCAUGCGCAGCUGGCCAAACUUUGGUCUUGGAAGUGCAUCAACAGUCUGAGUGUCACGCUCCAAGAGGUGCUGAUUGAGGAGUCGGCCAUCGACAUGCCCAACUUGGAACACUUUCGUCUGUCAGCCACCGGUGAGGCCAAAACCGGUGGCGGCAAGCAACUCCUUCUCCGCGCUUUGGAGAAAACCAAAACGGUCGCCGCCAAUCAUAUCCCGACCCAUCCCAGUUUGACCAAUGUGAUAAAACUGGAUGGGCCUAAAAUGAAAAGCGUCGGGUCCCUGUGUGCUCUCUAUCGUUGUGCCAUGCGAACUCUCUCUCAAAUCAAGCUGGAGAUCUUGUCUAGUUUCUGCUAUCAGAAUCGGAUGGUCCAUUGGCUGUGGCAACUGAUUCAACGGUUGGGUCCGCACUGUGGUUUGAGACAGUUCAUGGAUCAAUUGUCGGCCAACCCCAAGGAUCCCAGCCCUCAACUUCAAAUUAUCAUGCUGUUUGCCGAUUGAAUGAGCUAUGUCAUCACCCUACUGGACGACCUCGAGAUGUACGAGAAACAAGAACCACUCCGCCUGGUUGAGGUGGCGUAUCUGUCUUAUUCCAUGAACCAAUUCCUCUUUCGGGGCAUUACAAGUGGGCUCUUGGUUGAUCCCAAGAGUAGUCUUUUUCAGUCAGUGCAUGCCCUGCUCAUGGUGCUCUACGCCCGAGAUAAUCGGCGUUACUUUUGUCCCAACGAUCAUUGGCUUAUCAAAGAAAUCAAAGUCUCUACGUUCUUGUCAGAUUUGGAUAAAGGCAAGAAGCCUGCCUUGUUAAUCAUGAAGAAAAUGCCUCACGUCAUUCCCCGUCAGGACCGAGUGCAAUUGUUCCGCAAACAAAUCGCCCGUGAAAAGCAAAGUCUGGGAAUCCUCACGUCGCAAGAGGCUUCGCGAGAUCAUUCGUGUCCCAGUACAUUGAUCACCGUUCAUCGAGGGCGUCUCGUGGAGGACGGCUACCGUCAACUCGCCAUACUGUCUCGAAACGCCCUCAAGGGCAUUAUCCGCGUCAAAUUUGUCAAUGAGCAAGGCUUAGAUGAGGCAGGCAUUGAUCAAGACGGUGUCUUUAAGGAGUUUCUCGAGGAGACCAUCAAAAAAGUGUUCGAUCCCACCCUGAAUUUGUUUUGCGCCACCACGGAGGAGCGCCUCUACCCCUCGCCCACAUCGAGCCUGACCGACAAUCACCUCGAAUUGUUCGACUUUGUGGGUAAAAUGAUUGGAAAGGCCGUGUACGAAGGCAUAGUGGUGGAUGUGCCCUUCGCGCCCUUCUUCUUAAGUCAGGUCCUGGGCAAGGAUCACUCGAGUUUGUACAGCUACAUCGACGAACUGCCAUCCUUGGAUCAGGAGCUCUACAAAAACUUGACUUUCAUCAAGCAUUUGAAGGAUGAUGUAUCGGAUCUGGACCUGACUUUUGCUUACGACCAAGACAUGAUGGGCCAAGUCAUAACCCACGAACUGGUGCCCGGUGGUCGGGCCAUUACCGUGACCAACGCCAACAAGAUCAGCUACAUUCACCACGUGGCACACUUUCGGAUGCACCAGCAGAUCCUGGACCAAGUGGCGGCUUUCACUCGGGGAUUUUUCUUCGUCAUCCAACCGGCGGAUUGGUUGCAUUUGUUUUCCACGCCCGAAGUCCAGCACCUGAUCUCCGGUGAUAGCUCGCCCUUGGAUGUGAAAGAUCUCCGGCGACACACCCAUUACUAUGGCGGCUUUCACGAUUCGCAUCGCGUGAUCGCCUGGUUUUGGGACAUACUGGACAAGGACUUUACGGACAAGGAGAGAGGCGCCUUCCUCAAGUUCGUGACCUCGUGCUCGAAGCCGCCUCUCCUGGGGUUCGAGCAUCUGGAGCCGCCCUUCUCGAUCCGAUGCGUGGAAGUGGCCGAGGACGAAGACGAUGGCGACACGUUGGGGUCGGUAAUACGGGGUUUUUUGGCCUUGCGUCGCCGCGAUCCCGUCAACCGAUUACCCACAGCCUCGACGUGUUUCAACUUGCUAAAAUUACCCAACUAUCAGAAAAAAUCCACGCUCAAGGAGAAACUCAGAUACGCCAUUUCUUGCAACACCGGAUUUGAAUUGUCAUGAAGAGUAUUCUACUAUAAUUGAUAAUAGCAUCGAGAGAAGUACUACGUUUGGUUGAAUUGUA